GAAAAGGAAGAAAAGGAAGAAAAGGAAGAAAAGGAAGAAGAAAAACCUGAAGAAAAGGAAGAAAAGGAAGAAAAGGAAGAAAAGGAAGAAAAGGAAGAAAAGGAAGAAGAAAAACCUGAAGAAAAGGAAGAAAAGGAAGAGGAAAAACCUGAAGAAAAUGAAAAAGAGGAAAAUGCUGAAGUUAAUGAAGCAAAAGAUGAUAAAGAUACCGACGACGUGGCCACCCUUGUCAAUGAUGACAACAUGGAUGUUGAUUCUAAAAAAGAAGAUUUCAAAAAGAAAACCCGUAUUAGACAAACGCAUUCAAUCAUCAUACCUUCUUAUUCAAGCUGGUUUAAUAUGAAAAAAAUACAUCAAAUUGAACGUGAAUCGUUACCUGAAUUUUUUGCAACUAACCAUCCAUCAAAAUCUCCAAAAAUUUAUGCAAAUUAUCGUAACUUUAUGAUCAAUUCUUAUAGAUUAAAUCCAAAUGAAUAUUUGACCUUGACUUCUUGUCGUCGUAAUUUGGUUGGUGAUGUGGGUACUUUGAUGAGAGUUCAUAGAUUUUUAAAUAAAUGGGGCCUCAUAAAUUAUCAAGUUAAUCCUCAAUUAAAACCUGGUUAUGCAAUUGAAAAAUUGCCAAAUGGUUCAUCAGUUGGCUUACCUUAUACUGGUGAUUAUCAUGUUCAAUAUGAUACUCCAAGAGGUUUAUUUCCUUUUGAUACUUUUAAACCUUCAAUGGAUAACCUUGAUAUAGCAAAAUUAAAGAAUUUAAUUAAACCAGAAUCUAAUCAAAGUACUCAAUUACAAUCUCCUCCUCAAGAAAAAUCAAAAUUAACCCAUUCUAUUGACGAUAAUAAUGAUGCUGAUGAUCACCUCAAUAAAAAGAGAAAAUUUUUAAAUGAUGGUUGGAACGAUGAAGAAAUGAAAAAAUUGGUUCUUUCAAUUAAACAACAUCCAAAUGAUUGGUAUAAAAUUUCUAAAAAUGUCGGUACUAAAACUCCUCAAGAAUGUAUACUAAAAUUUUUACAAUUACCAAUUGAAGAUGGUUUUGGUAAUCUAAAUGAAAAAGAUUAUGGUAUCUUGAAAUUCGCAUCAAACUUUCCUGUUAAUGCAGUUGAUAAUCCGGUCAUUAAUAAUUUGACCUUUUUAACUCAAAUAGUUGAUUCUGACGUGGCCAAAGCGGCCACAAAAGCUGCUUCAAAAGUUAUUGAUGAUUCAAUCUUCUCAAAAAUAAAAGAAAUUUAUGGUGACGAAAAUCUCGAAGCUGAAUCUAAAGCAAAGGAUAUUACAUCUCCAAAGGAAAAUGGUGAUGCUAUAAACCAAGAUGACAAACCGGAAAAUCAAGAUGAGUCAAAGGCAGAAGAUGAUAAAAUUAAAAUCGAUGAACAGCGAAAAUCCGAUGAUAAGCCGGAAGAAGAAAGGCUAGAAACGGAAAAAGAAGAAGAAAAAGAAAAAGAACAAGAAAAAGAACAAGAAAAGCCACGAGCUGAUUCAAAACAAGAAGAAAAACCUGAUAUUUUGAAAGACUCGAGUGCUGCUACUUUUGGGCUUGUCGGUGCCAGAAGUCAUUUGUUUGCAAAUUACGAAGAACGUGAAAUGCAUAGAUUAACAUCGACCCUCAUCAACAACGAGUUGUCUAAAAUUGAUAUCAAACUUCAAAAAGUUGCUGAAUUGGAAAGAGUCUAUGAACGUGAAAAGAAGCAGUUGGCUCGUCAACAAGAAGAAGUCUUUAUCGAUCGUUUGGCUUUAGCUAAAUCUACCAUAAAUAUCACCAAAAAGUUGAGCAAUGCUGUUUCCUUAAUCCAGAAUUCAGAUUCACCAGGCUUAGAAAAUGUCUCAGGUAUCUUACAAGAAGUUCAAUCUUUACUCUAUAAACCCACUUCUCAUGGCUUAUACACUAAUGAAUCGAAUAAUACUCCAGAAAACGGCUCAGAUAAUAACAAAAAUAAUGGAACUACCGAAACGAACAAAAAUAAUAAUGCUAUCCCAUUAUCUCUUGAAGCUCCCCAAUCAUUUAAAGUUUGGGCUCCUUAAGUUGAUUGAUCAAGAAGAAAGAGGUUGGAAUCAAACUGUAAACUAUUCGUAUAUCACUUUGACUAGUAGAUGUCUUUCUCCAUAAUAGAUCUUCCACAUUCUCUGAUUCAUUUUCCGAACCC